AAGCGAGUGAACUGACCAAAAGUACACAAUCGCUCCCGAAAGCUUAUGAUCUUUCUAUUAGAAACGUCAUCAUGGAUAUUUGAAUGACUAAAAAGUACAUUAUCGCUACCUAAAGUUCAUUAACAAAAUGGAAGUAGGAAUAACUAAAACGCCCAAAGAGCGCCCUCUCCCGCCGUUGAUUCGCACAAGUGACGUUUCUCACGGAGCAAGGGAGGGUGGGUCCACGAUGAGGAUUGCUCCUCUUCCCCAGACUAGCAGGGCCUCAAACCUCCUCCAGAGACGCAGAGAUAAACUACGAGCAGUUCUCGCACUCAUGGACAACAGUAAGAUCAAGAAGAGCGUAUCCCGAGACCGGGACCGUGUGAUGACCAUCAAGAAAGAUGCGUUGUCGCUACUCGUAACCGAUGGGAGAGAAGGAGGGAGCCUCGAGGCGGGUCCGAUGUGGGGACGGGUCCGGAGAGGUGCCAUCGCUGACGGGGUGCUAGCGACGCGGAGCCAGGCGAGGGAGAGGGAGAGAAGCACGCUGGACAAGAAACCACUUGUGGUUAGACUGAGGAAAUUUGGAAAACUACACACACUUGCCAAAAUCAUAAUGAUUCUACUGCGCAUGUGUAGGACUUACAUCCUGACGGAAAAUGACGCUAAGAUGGUGAAGCUAUUUAGUGUGGUAGACGCAGCUCAAGCCGGCGACAAGUACAAAGUAAAGGGCGACCUCCUUUUCGAUGUGACGACGUUUAGAGCCAAGAAACAGAACAAUGUAUCCAGUGAAACCAAAAGAAUUUUGGAACUGCCGACUGCAGAACGGACAGAGAAGGAUAUCCAUCAUGUGCAGGUAGAACUGCAGCAGAUGGAGUUUAUUACAAAGUACCCAGUGCAUAUGCAGCGUGGUCUAAUUCAGACAGGAGCGUAUGAAAGCUACGAGACUGGACGGGUUAUCAUUCGCUACGGUCGACGGCCCUACGCUUUCUAUCUCGUACUGGCUGGAUCAGCUCUACUGUUGGAGGGUGAUCCGGAAAACAGCGGAAGGGCCGUAACGGCUCUGGUCAAAGGUCAAGUAUUCGGGAAUGAAGCAAUAGUCAGUAGAGGUCGCCAUAACGUCACUGUUAUCUCAAAAGAGUUCAUCCAACUGUUAAGUCUCACAGUGGAGGAGUAUUCAAGGAUAUUCUUAGCCGGUGGAGUGAGUAACAUCAGUGGUGUAGACGGAAGUAGUUUUAUCGAAUCGGUCAGCAUCUUCAAAGGCUGGCCGCUGCACCUUCUCAAGAAACAUCCCAAGAAGUGCAGAUUCAACUUUUACACGAGGGGCACGGUGAUCGAGACGGACAGCAACCGAAGUGACUGGAUCUACAUCUUAAAAUCGGGGAGCUGUGCAGUUCUAAAGAAGUUACACUACGAGGAGCCUGUGCCAACAAAACGGAAACGAAAUCUACCUGCGAUUCCCCAACGAGCCCGCCCCUCGCUCACGACCAAUCAUGAGGAACAGCUAACGAACAAAUUACGGGAGAUGCAGAGAAAGCGCGCCAAAGCCCUCAAAGGGAAAUCACGCCGUUUCGGCAACUCUCGAACUAAGAUCAUCGUCAGAAUCCCAAUGCGAGAUGAUCCCCUGGCGACGACAGAUCUCGUGAGAAAAGACGAGAAGACAGGAGUACCCAACAGUCUCGUGCCAACAAUCUUAGUCUCAGACCCCAGUCGUCCAAGCAGUUCGUCGGGUGGUUAUGGUGCUCAAACGCCCAUGUCAGUACAAGCACCUCUUGAGGAAGAGACUACGAUGGAUCAGGGGAAGGACCACGUUGUCGAAAAGGGAACAGUGACGUCAAAGAAUCUUAAAGAUUCACUAUCUCGGGGCCCUUUUCUGACGCAUACGAGACGACUACCAAGCGUCCUUAAAGAGCCUCAGGUCACGUCAUCAGAACAUGAGCAAGAACGCGGGAAACCUCAUUUUGAAAGUACACGAGACGAGGCAUCUACGAGCCAGUUGUCGGCUGACCAGGCAAGCCUGGUUUCCUCUCAGGAAUCAAAAACGUACUCCACUGUCGACGCUGAUGAUGACUUGGUGGAAGACCAGUCUGCCGCGACUAGGCGCAUUGGACGAGAUACAUACGUUCAGAUAGGCACUUUGGAACCAGGAGAUAUAUUUGGAGUAUCCGACAUGGCGUUCGGCAAGCAGCCAUGUCUAAGCUUGGUGAGCAACGGGGCAGAGUGUGUACUUGUCGCUAAGAAGUUUUAUGCUAAGCACGCUACAGAAGGGAACAUGAAAACAAUUACAGAUCUUCUCAGACCGUACCCCAAUGAGGAAACACUUCUGCGUGAUCUUCGGGAGAAGCUGACCUGGCAAAACCACCGUGCGGCUACCCUGACCGACACCGCGCACAACCUGAGAAGAUACCGUAGAAAGCUCAACGAUCCAGGGAUGCGAGCACCGGCAGCCACGCUCAAUACUGCGCCCGUUUGAUGAUGAGUGUUUUACUGUAGCGUGACUGGAGAUUCUGUCUCACAGUGAGACUCGAAGUUUGCUUCCAACUGACACACCCAGGCACAUCGUCGGCCUCUUGGUCUCUUCCAGGUUGUGCUGGGGCGGGAUCCUUCCUGCACUUCGACGCUCAACCCGAGGGUCACAUGGACAGGCGUAUUCUCCUGGAGCCGUCGAACGUCGCCAAAGAGGGAGUGGCGUCUCUCCGGAAGACAGUAGCAUGUCCUAAAUACCGGUGGUCUCCGAGAUUGUUGCAUAAAUGAUGAAUGGGUGCAGAAAUUUCGUCUGGUAGCUGACGACUUCUUUUGACUCAACUUCCUUUACCGUAUGGGGACACACACAUGGGGAGAAAACCCAUCACAACUGUAUGUCAGAAAAAAUGUGUUGAUGCCACACUCUAAAACUCCCGAGUCAGAUUUGGCCUGGAUUGCGAGUCCCGUUGAGCCGGACCUCGAAUUGACUUGGAUACUUGCAAAAAAACAGUGAUUUUGUUUUGCCUUAAAGGCAGUGGACACUAUUGGUAAUUACUCAAAAUAAUUAUUA